GGAAGUGCAGGCGGAGCGAGAGGGAGCGGCAGCACGCAGAAAUCGAACCGCUCCCGGAUCCCUGCACACACUCAUUUAUCUGCCCAAAAAUACUGCGCAGCAGCGUUAAUCCGGAGAGCUUUCUGGAAGAAUAUCUGGAGAAACAUCUGGAGAAUCAUCAUCUGGAGGAAUCUGCUCCGUCCCUCUUUCCAUCAGCCGGUCUGCAGCUUUGACUCCAGCGCGUCUCUGUGCGUCUCUGUGCGUCUCUGUGUCUCAGAUGUGAAGAGUGAGUGAUUUCCACGGAACAAGGGAGAAAAGUGGAGGAUGAACUGAAUGGAAAAUCACUUUUGGAUGGAUGCUGGUGGAUGAAGAACAUGUUGUGCUGCCCUGAUUUCCGAUAACAUCAGACUUCUCUCCUCUCCUCUCCUCUCUAUUCUCCUCUUGUUUGCUAAUACUGGAGGAAAAGAUGUGACCCAAGGCCUCCCUCGCUCCUACACACUCCUUUAGUCUCCUCCCUUGCUCUCUCUCUCUCUCUCUUUUGGAGAUAUUAUUGUUCCGACAGUGAUGGAUGUACAACCUGACAACGGAAAGCAUGUGAAAAAGUCUACAAGUCAAAAGCUGGAGGAUCAAAAAAAGAUUUACACUGACUGGGCGAAUCACUAUCUGAGCAAAGCCGGCUGUCCUCGACUGAUAAAGGAUUUAACACAAGACAUUCCUGAUGGAGUUCUGCUAGCGCAUAUCAUACAGAUCAUCGCGAAUGAGAAGGUGGAGGACAUUACAGACUGCCCCCGGAGUCACUCUCAGAUGAUUGAGAAUGUGGAGUCUUGUCUAACAUUUCUGGAAGCCAGAGGAGUCAGUGUACAGGGCCUGAGCGCUGAAGAUGUGUGUAAGGGGAACCUGAAGGUGAUCCUGGGUCUGUUCUUCGUUUUGUCACGUUAUAAACAGCAGCAGCAGCAACAGCAGCAGUACCUCCAGUCUCUAGUGGAGCUUCAGCAGCACGUCACACACACACACUCACCCAAAACCCAGCAGCGAGCUCCAGACAUGCAGUCCAGUGUGACAGUGCGAUACGCGAAUCCACCCGCUCAGAGUGGAGUAGGACCUGUGCAGAAGAAAAACACAAGGUUGCCAGGUCCAUCCCGAUCCCCCGUGGUGGGUAACAAUAAAGCUCCGCCUUCAGCCAGUCUGAACCGCAGGAGUCAGAGCUUCAACAGCAUUGACCGCAACAAACCCCUGCAGUACGCCAGCGGGAAUGACCGGGAGUCGGUGAAGUCCGUCCCCCUGAUUGGUGGGAUGAAUGGCAGCGUUAGCGGUCAGCAAUUAGCGUCAGCCAUUCCCUCCCCAACGACAGGCCAAUCAUGGCGCAGCAAGUCCAUGAACAUGAAGCACAGCGCUACGUCCUCCAUGUUAGCCAGUAGCCCCGCCUCCUCCCCUCCUCCGCCCACUUCAGACAGGUCACGCCCAUCACUUGCAGAUGCUUCUAAGUCAGCGCCGGGGAACCAGCGCUCGAUGCUGGAAAAGUUCCGACUGGUCAAUACGCGGAUGGCCUUGCAGGAAGAGGACGAUCUGUCGGAGUAUGGAGACGAAGGCGGGAUGUGUCCCAAACCGGCAGGCAAGAUGCCUACACCCUCCCCUUCACCCUCAAACAAGAACACAGCUAAUGCUAACACCACUACGACUAUUGCUGCUAACAACAGUAAGAACGCUAACAAAUCCUUGCCCCAGCCCAAAGAUGACAAAAGUAAAAACAAAAGCAAAGCUAGCACGCCUCCUAAAGAGGAAGUGAGCUCAGAACCAGCUAAGAAGGCCUCUAAAAUCGCUAGUCUCAUCCCUAAAGGAGGGAAAACGGCUGCAGCGAAGAAAGAGAGCGCACUUCCUGCUUCCAGCGGCAUCCCAAAACCCGGCGCUAAGACUCAAACGGCUUCAUCCAAACCUGCAGCGGAAAAGACGAAAAGUUCCAAAGGGAGUCAAGGGUACUACGCAGGGCGCCCUCUAGGGGGAGUGGAGGGCAAGAAGGGCAGCAUGGUGUCCUCCACUAGCACCUCCGCUCUAGCUGGGUCCACGGUUACUAACUCUGGAAGUGGAGGGGGCGGAGUCGUGGGGAGCAACGGGGCGGUGCAGUUACCACAGCAGCAGCAACACAACCACCCCAACACAGCGAUGGUCCCGCCCUUCAUGUACAGGACGUGCUCGGAGAAUGACUGUACUGCAGUGGUUGUUCCUGAUUCUUCUCUUAGUCCUACAAAAGAGCUCGCCUAUAACAAAACAGCCAAACAGUGCCUAGAGGAGAUCUCAGGUGAAGACCCCGAGGCGAGACGCAUGCGUACGGUAAAGAACAUCGCCGAUCUGAGGCAGAACCUGGAAGAGACCAUGUCCAGUUUACGGGGGACGCAGAUCACACACAGCACUUUAGAGACAACCUUUGACUCUACGGUAACAACAGAAGUCAGUGGGCGUGGAUUGUCAACUCUUUCCACUCGACCUGCCCCCAUGUCAUGGCGUCUUGGUCAGUCACAGUCACAGAGCCCUCGACUUCAGGCAGGUGAUGCCCCAUCCCAUCCUGGGAGUUAUGCUCCUCCUAGGUCUGUCUCUUCGGCUACCGGUCGCUAUGGUGAUCCCUCUCGCCUGGUCUACACAGCACCACUGAGAAGGGCAGCGACUACAGUGGGCAAAAGUGUGGAGCUUGGAGAAAAGGAGGCGGGCCUAGAGGAGGAAGUGGGUGGAUAUAUGAGCGAUGGGGACAUAUUAGCCAAAAAUGUACGAGCUGAUGACAUGAGCAGCGGCUACGUAACAGACGGAGGUGUGUAUUCUCGUAACGUGGGUCGUGUUCCUGACCUUCCGUCUGCACGAGAGCUCAUCCAACGGGUUAAAGAGGGAGAGGCUGACAGUUAUGAUGACAGUAGCUCGGUCAGCAGUGGUCUGAGUGACUCUCUUGAUGUUGGGGCUGAUGAUGUACACACACUGAAUUCAUCACACAGGAGCAAGUCCAAGCAGCAGUGUAAUCAGAAUAGCAGUAGCUGGUGUGGAGCUGAAGAUUUGAAGAAGGUUGAUGAACAAAUUGAGAACAUCUUAGACUCCUCCUCUCAAAUGGAAGGGGCGGGGCUUCCCGUGUCUCAGACAGGCUCAUGGAGGCGGGGCAUGAGCGCCCAAACGGGUAUCACCUCACCACGGAAUAAAAACAGCAACACGAACCUCAAAACACCAGGCAAAACGGAUGACGCUAAGGCAUCAGAGAAGGUCAAGACUCCUUGUAAAUCUCCCAGCAUGCAACGCUCUCCAUCAGAUGUGGGCAAAAGCAGUGGUGAUGAGGGUAAAAAGUCUGGCAUCACCCGUCCUCCGCCCACCACUGGCUCCUUUGGAUUCAAGAAGAUCCCAGCAACUACAGAACUAGCAGCACCUAAGACUUUAUCAGCCAAAUCAGCUGGGAAAGUGGGUGGGACCACAUGUGUGGUGGGUGGGGCCAGGAAAACAAGCCUGGAUGGGUACCGUCACCAUGACGAUGGGGUCCUUCUGGGUAUUGGCGGGUCUAAAAUGCCCCUUCAAUAUCGCUCACUUCCACGGCCAGCUAAAUCCUACCGAUCCAUCGACUCUUCCACAGUGAAAGGGGGUGGGGUUGUGGCUGGGGGUGGGGCGGGACCUGGACCUGGACCCGGAGCAGGAGCUGGAACUGGAGCAGUAGGUGGUGUUUCAAAAAGGAAGGAGGGAGGGAAGCCGGAGUCAGGGAGGUCAAGUCCAGUUAGCAUAAAUCAGACCGAUAAAGAGAAGGUUUCAGUGUCAGAGCAGGAGGGGGCAGCACUGAGCACAUCACCCAAAUCCAGCCCAACAUCCAGCCAAUCAGGACUCAGACAGCCUGGAUCCAAAUACCCCGACAUUGCCUCACCCACCUUCCGCAGGUUAUUUGGCAGUAAAUGCAGCAACAGUAAACCAAGCUCUCCCGACUCCGCUAAGUCCGCUCCCUUCACCUCUCCCCUCGACUCCCCGGGCAGUGGAGGCAACAGAACGCCCGACUCUCUCUCUAAUGCCCGUCCCUUCCUCAGCAGCUCAUCUGCAGGCAGCAAAGAGACGCUGAGCAGCAUUCACACCAGCUCACACACCAGCUUACACACCAGCUCACACACCAGCCUACACACCAGCUCGGAAUCCAUCGAGCUUCCUGCACCACAUCAUCAACAUGCACCAAGGCUCAAAUCCACACUAUCCCAAGGCAUGACUCUUGACAGAAACACACUACCCAAAAAGGGAUUAAGACAUCCUCCUUCCUCCAGACAGAUGUCUCAUGAAGAAGGUAAAGAAUGGCUUCGUUCUCAUUCCACUGGAGGACUGCAGGACACGGGGAGUCCCCUGUCCCCCCCAACCGGGAAAUACCACUACAGCAACCUACUGAGCCCCACCGGAGCUAUGACUCGGUCUAACAGUAUUCCGGAUCAGGAGGCGUUUGAUCUGUACGGAGACGGGCGAGUGUUGUGUGGCAGUAACACGUCGCUGGAGGAACGGCCGCGCGCCAUCAGUCGCUCCGGAUCAUUCCGGGACAGCACUGACGAAGUUCACGGAUCGUCUCUGUCCCUGGUGUCCAGCACGUCGUCUCUGUACUCAGCGGUGUACGCCUACAUGGAAAAGACUGAGGAAAAAGCUCACUCUGAGCAAAUCAGAAAGCUGCGCCGGGAGCUGGACGCUUCUCAGGAAAAGGUCGCGACCUUGACGUCUCAGCUAUCAGCCAAUGCUCAUCUGGUUGCAGCGUUUGAGAAGAGUUUGACGAACAUGACAUGUCGCUUACAGAGUCUCACCAUGACAGCAGAGCAAAAGGAAUCGGAGUUGGCUGAGUUGAGAGAGACAAUCGAAGCUUUAAAGGCUCAAAACACAGACGCACAAACUGCCAUACAGGUGGCUCUGAACGGACCUGAGCAUGUACACAAAGUUCGCCGCCAGCACUCCUCAGAAAGUGUGUCGAGCAUUAACAGUGCAGUGAGUCACAGCAGCUUAAACAACAAAGACCUGGAUGACAAGAAAAAGAAGAAGAAGAGCUGGGGGAGGGACAGUGGACACAAGUUGCGCAGCUCCUUUAAACAGGCUUUUGGGAAGAAGAAAAGCUCAAAGCUGCAGUCGUCUCAUGAUGAGCUGGAGGAAAUGACGGACUUGUCCGUUCCAGAAUCUCCGAAACUGCAACACACACACACAGACAGCAGCACACAGGCCUUACACACGUCUUCAUCCACUACUGAGCUGUGUGAGUGUACCGAGGCCGAGGCAGAGAUCAUCCUGCAGCUGAAGAACGAGCUGAGGGAGAAGGAGCUGAAACUCACCGACAUCCGACUGGAGGCUCUGAGUUCAGCACAUCACCUGGACCAGAUCAGAGAGGCCAUGAACCGCAUGCAGAACGAGAUCGAGUUGCUGAAGGCGGAGAAUGAUAGAUUAAAGUCCAGUGGAAACUCCACCCCUUCUGCCGUGUCAUCCAAAACGCCCCGCCCCCCAUCAGAGACCUCAAGUACCUCCUCCUCGUCCUCCCGCCAAUCACUGGGCCUGUCACUCAACAACCUCAACCUCACUGAGACUAUCAUGUCAGAUCUGCUGCUGGACGACGGCUACGAGGGAAACUUGCGUAAAGAGGGACGAAGUGUGCGAAUAGUCGUCACCAUCGCCGGGGGCUCCAACAGGACCAAGGGUUUACAGAGUCUGGAGUAUCUCAUCGGCUCCAUCGGCGUCAGUGGAAAAACCAAGUGGGACGUGUUGGAUGGUGUAAUACGACGACUGUUCAAGGAGUACGUGUUCCGUGUGGAUCCUUUAACGAGUCUGGGCCUGAAUUCGGACAGUAUAGUGAGCUACAGGAUGGGGGAAGUGGAGCGCUCUCACGUUGCUGAACUUCCUGAACUUCUGCCCUGUGGAUACCUGGUGGGAGAAAACAACAUUAUCCACAUUACACUCAAAGGUGUGAGGGAGAACAGUAUAGACGACCUGGUGUUCGAUACGUUAAUCCCCAAACCCAUAAUCCAGCGUUACCUGAAUCUGCUGAUGGAGCAUCGCAGGAUCAUCCUGUCCGGCCCGAGCGGCACGGGGAAGUCCUACCUCGCCAACAAACUGGCGCAUUACAUCAUCAACAAGAGCGGCCGGGAAGUGAACGAGUGCAGCCUCGCCUGCUUCAACGUGGACCAGAAAUCCAGCAAGGAUCUGUGUGACUACCUCUCGGCUCUUGCUGAACGCUGUAACUGUGAUGAAGGAGAGCGAGAGCAUCAGCUCCCCCUGGUGGUUCUGAUCGAUAACCUGCACCACAUCGGCAACCUGAGCGACAUCUUCAACGGCUUCCUCAACUGCAAAUACCACAAAUGCCCGUAUGUGAUUGGGACAAUGAACCAGGGUGUCUCCUGUUCCCCAAAUCUGGAGCUGCACCAUAACUUCAGGUGGGUGUUGUGUGCGAAUCACACGGAACCGGUUCGGGGUUUUCUGGGUCGGUUUCUGCGCAGGAAGCUGAUCGAGGUGGAGAUCGACAAAAACACACGCAGUAACGAACUCAUCAAGAUCAUCGACUGGAUCCCCAAAACAUGGCAACACAUCAACACCUUCCUGGAGGCUCACAGCUCGUCUGAUGUCACCAUCGGUCCCCGAUUGUUCCUGUCGUGUCCGAUGGAGGUCGAUGGUUCUCGUGUGUGGUUCACGGAUCUGUGGAAUUUCUCACUUGUGCCCUACUUACUCGAGGCAGUGAGAGAGGGGCUACAGCUCUAUGGUAAGAGAGCUGUGUGGGAGGAUCCCUCCAAGUGGGUGAUUGACAGCUCCCCAUGGAGCUCCGCCCCCCUGCAGCGUGACAGCCAAUCACUGCUGCCACUGCGGCCGGAGGAUGUGGGCUACGAUGCGUUCAGCUCGUUUAAAGACGGAGCUUCACCGAAACAAUCGCACAAACACACGGCGCAGAGCGACAGCGACGGAGACCCACUGAUGAAUAUGCUAAUGAGGCUACAGGAAGCUGCUAACUACUCCAGUGCCACUCAGAGCUGUGACAGUGACAGCGCCAGUCACCAUGACGACGUUCUAGACUCCUCGCUCGAGUCGGCCCUUUAAGCCCCACCCCCCCAUGAGGAACCAGGAAGAGCUAGCUUUCGUCUGAUUGGAAGUCGGCAGAAUAAACACAAACACUGGUGAAAUGUGCAAUUAGAAACGGAUUCCACUUGCGGCCAAAUUGUUUUCAUUGACAAACAAACAAACAAACAAACAAACAACUGGAAGUUUUGUUUCUUGUUUCUUUUUUUAAGUUCGGUUAGCAUUAUCGUUGUUAAUUACACGAGCCGGAGUGUUGUUUCUCGGUCGACGUGUUCGACUCCGUGGUGCUGCUGUGGUGCCAAAAUCCGUUUACGUUUGUACGCCAACAAGCACAAGCGGGCCUCGUCUCAUUUCCGCUACUGUGAAUCCACUUCGUCAGCACUAGCGACGAUCUAAACAAUGAUGCGUUCAUCAUCUUUCACACCUGAACUGAAGCGUAACACACAGCGGUGUUUUCACUUUCAUUCGACUGCCUGCAGUUCCCUUUUUAUCCACCAGGAGCGCCGGAGUGCUGGAUGAUUGUUACACGGAGUGGAACGAGGGAACGAAGGGACGAGUGAUUAUGGUGCUUCUUUGCUGCCUUAAAUGUGCUGAGCUCUAGUGGACUUCUGCAAAUUUUAAGAAAAUGAAAAAAGCCUUGUCUUUUUUCAGAGAGGACGGAGAUGUAAAUCAAAUAAAUGCCACGUUUGCAUAUUUUUAUUUUUGUUACCUCACGAGUGAGUGUUCGAUUUCGGACGCAGCGUUAUAAAACCCGGUGCGUGUGUAUAAUAAACCAGAUGUAAUAUGGAAUUUAUGGAAUCCCAGUUGAGCUGGGACGAACUGAACUCUGAGGACGAGCACAAAUAAGACAAGUUGCUUUGCUAGCAUGCUGUUUUUACUUCUGUCGUCUGUGUGUGUGUGUGUGUGUGUGUGUGUGUGUGUGUGAGGUUCUAAAUUUGAAGUCUUGCACAUUUUCAGAUUUCAGAUUCAUUCUACAGAGAGAGAAAACAAAAUAUUGGAAUUGUUCACUAGCAAAAAAAAAAAAUUGUAAAGUUUAAUAUUAAUGCUAAUGCUAAAGGCUAAUGUUGCUAUAAAUCCACAGUCGGUGGAUGAAUUAUGAUGAUUAUCAGAGUUGUUUCGAGUAGAACCAUAAAUAUGUCACAAGCUUGUCACGUUAAACAGCGUUAAAGCACUUUUCGUUUAAAACACACUGUACAUGACGCCUUUUUUUUUAAAUUAUAAGGUCACAGCUUCAUUUUAUCAGGAAAAAUAAAUCUGAAUGGUUUAUAAAUGUAAAAAAAAAUCUUUAUAGUUUAUGAAAAUGAUUUAUAAAUAAAAAUGAUCUUUACAGUUUAAGGUGCAGAAUUGUGUAAAAUCGGUGCUUUAUUAUUUCAGAAGUUCAGACUGUACAUCAAACCCUGCUUACUGUAAACGUAGAAAAUGUACGUUCAUGCGAAAUGUCUGAUUUUUAAAAAAAAAUUCCCACAAGCCCAAAACCCCCUUCUUAUCUCUGCUCCUGUAAAACAUCCUGUUUUUGAGGUGCCAAUACUUUUUUUUUUUUAAAUGUAUUAUAAUGAAAGAUGACAAAAGUCUUAAAUCUAAACUGAAAAUAAAACCCUUUAAUGAAUCAGAUGUAAGAAAACGACAAUUUUACGUCACUUUAAGGAACUGAGAAGGUGCCAAUAAUCAACGAUUCAAUAUAUUCACGAUAAUAUUAUCACUACCUCAACCCCACAACCACUUAUCACUACCCCGCAUUAUUUUACAAAAAUGACAAGAAUGUCCCAUAAUUCUACUCAGAUAUCAAUGAUAAAUAAACAUAAAUAUCAUAACUAUCAUUAAUACGGUGAUAAAAGUGUAGAGAAAGAUCCGCGAGGAGACGCUUUAGCUACGGCAACGUGCUCAGCGGGCACGCUGCCUUAUUUUACUAAAAAAUAUUUACAUUUUAUUUAAAACUACACAAAAAUAUUUACAGCUACUCAAAACGUCAAAAAAUGUUAAAAAGAUUCUAAAAAAUGUUCUUCAGAUUUUCAUGAGAGGAAAUUUAAACUUCACAGCAUGUUGAGAAAAUACUGUUUUAAUAAAAAUAAAAAUAAAUAUCAAUUCUAUAGAUGAAAAAAGUUUAAAAAAAUAAUAAGAAUGCGUAUGAUAUUUCCCUUCUUUUAUAUUUUCUUUUACACGCUGAGGAAAGAAGCAAAACAUUUUAAAAAAAAUCAGAAACUUAUAGUCAUUAGUAGAAACGUUCUGGAAAUGAACGCAAAAAUCUGAAACAAAACAGCGUAAAGUUUUAAAGUUUUUUUCUUUUUUUAAGGAAAAAAGUGAAAUGCUGCCAUGUGUUUAACAUUUUAACAUCCAGGAGGUUUAAUUCAUUCAAAUCUUCAUAAUAAAGUGAAAAUAAAUCAAAAGAUUUUUCAAAAAAAGCAAAAGGUGCUCUGAGUAAGCGGUGCUUUCAAGAUAAAAUAAACUAAAUGAAUUUUAUAAUAAUAAUAACAAUAAUAAUAAUAAUAAUAAUAAUAAUAAAGUGUGUGUUGAGAUGUUAAAUAAGCGGCUCAUGCAGUAAAACAUUUGCUGCAUGCUGGAAUUUGACGUAAAAUCGGAUGAUAACGUUUCUAUUUUUUUUCUUUUCCCCGGAUUUGUUUACAAAAAAACAAUCUAUAAAGGUGCAGAGUGCCGAAAUCCUCCAGGUGCUAAUGACCUUUGACCUUUCCCACAGUGCCAUUCCUGAACUGUAAUAUCUGUUCCCUGAAACAUUCGGAUCAGUUCUCCUGAAACACGGACUGCUUUUCUAAGCCGUUUCAUGGUCUUCUGCGUUUGCGUGUGCAUCGUGUUGUUUUCUCCACAGAAUGUUUUUUUUUACAGUUUAGGAAGCGAAAUUGUAAAUAUUUCCUGCACAGUUUUUUUUAAAGAUACAAUCAAACUCGCUCUUUUUUCCUGAUCUAUUCUCUGUAAGAAUAAAAACUCACCAGUUGUUUAAGUCGGAUAUUUUACUGUGACGUCUGCAGAGGAAAGAAAUCGCUUUAAAUAGUUUUGUGUUAAAUUUAUAAAAAUUAAUACAAAGGUGCAAAAUGACACAAAGCAUUCCUGCUUUAAUUUAAGAAUAUUUACGUGUUUCACAUUUUUAACUUUCUUUAAUUCGUCUUUAAUAAAAUCUUUUUAAUCCCCAAAUUUCAUAUGAAGCAAAGCAACAACAAAACUAAUGAAGCUUUUCUUUUUAAAUGUGAUUCAAAUUUGCACAACUUUUACAUAUUUUCUUUCAGAUUUGUUCCUAAAAAUAUAAAUCGCUAAAAGUCGAGGCCCUGGAUAAAAUUUUUAUUUUCAGCUGUUCCAAUAGUCCUAAACACUCAUUGUAAUUUUUAUGCUUAAAUAUUUUUCUUUUUUUUUUAUUAAUUUGUGGCUGGAUUUUGUAAAAAAGUUUGUAAAGUUUACUUUCUACUCAAAAUUCUACUGAAAAUCGUUGUGCCAGAAAUCAGUGUUUUACUGAAACCAUUUAACGUUUUACAGAAAAAUGAUAAGUAUUCUUCCCCAGAAAGAAGUUUUAUUUUCUUUUAGGAAAGAGGAAUAUCUAAAUGUGAUUCAACUUUAAUAUUAGCUGCUAAAUAAAGUCACCUUCAGGAGUUUAAGGAACUGAAAUGACAGGAAUGUGAUGAUUAUUCAGUAAUUCUUGUAGAUUUUAGACGAUAAAAACGUUAAAUAUCACAAAGCUGUCAGGCUAAAAACCACGUGAAAGCACUUUAACACUGAAACUCACUUCAUGAUGUUCAGCUUCUCAGUAUCUCUGUGUAGUAAAUAAAUUCCCUGCAUGCACUGCAAUUUCUGUAAAAAAUAAAUAAAUAAAUAAAAUAAAAAAGAAAUUUAAGCUGCCAGAAAAGCUAAAAUUGACCUGGAUUGGAUUUUUGACCUUUAGUGACCUUUCCGACCUCGAGCCAGUUAAAGUCUCGGUCAUUUUCUAAUUUACAUCAAAAUUAAUCCCAUUUUCACUCAUUCAGUUAUUCUGAUUAUUUCUGCUCCACAAAACGUUUCUGAAUUGUUAAAAGUCGAGUCUUGUCUAUAAUAAUAAUAAUAAUAAUAAUAAUAAUAAUAAUAAUAAUAAUGAUGAUAAUAAUAAUAAUAAUAAAGUUGCUCUUUAUUGUACUGAUCACGUGUCGAUGCUCUUCUUGUCUUGUUUUUGUUUCGUUUGAUUUUGUUGUGUAGUUGCGUCUCGGUGCGAGUGUAACAUUUAUUACGGUUUGUUUUCGGUGCGUAAAUGUUUUAUAUUUUGUACAUUUGUAAGUAACAUAUCAUGUAAAUAAUAAGAGACUGCGAUUUAAAAUCAUCUGGAGAAUUUUGUAGUCUUUGUAAAAUCAGAAUAAAUGGAGUUUGGUGUCACCUGAAA